CGUCUGUGAUUAUCAUAUUUUGUCUUGUCAAAUAUUAUUUUUCUAAUUUCUUUCUAUAGAAUUAUUUUAAACAGAUUUUGGUGCAGAUCGGUAUAUGUAUUUAUAUGACGUAAAAUGAACACACAAGCAAAUAGACCAACUAAGAGACCUACCAAAGUAGAAGAAUUAACGAAGGAACAAAUAAGGCAAGCUAUCAUAAAGAAACACGAAUGCAAUGCGAAAGCUCAAAUCAUAGUGGAGAGUUUGCUCGAAAAAGAUAUCCAGCAAGAUUAUUUCCUUAAAUGUUUGACUGAUAUAAACCAAACGCAUUUCGAUGAUGUGAUCGAAGAGAGAUCUAUAUUACAUCUAUGCGGUUAUCCCAUAUGUCGUAAAACACUCUCAGAAAAGGACAUUCCAAAACAAAAAUACAGAAUAUCUAUGAAAACGAAUAAAGUUUACGACAUCACCGCAAGAAAAAGUUUCUGCAGUAACAUUUGUUAUAAAGCUGCAAUGCAUGUUAAGAAGCAAAUGUUAACAAGUCCUUUAUGGUUCAGGGACUAUGAAAACAUACCAGAGUUAGAUCUUUUGCCUUUAAAUUCAGCGGGAAGCAUGGGACAAGAGUUGGAUUUAAGUCUAACUGAAAAAAUUGUCUCAACCAGUGACCAUCGGAUAUUUACAUCUAUAAAGGACUUUACAGAUGCCACCUUAAAUGACAUUGAUAAAUAUCAAAAUAAUAAAAAUAGUAGCAACAAGAAAAACAAUAUCAAUAAACAGUCGUCAAAUAUGGAAAAUAGAAAUGAUGUUUCCAAAGAAACAAAGGAUGAUGAGGAGAACACUGGGAAAUGUGAUAGUAGCAUUGAGAAAACGAUAAAUGAUAUUCUUAAUAACCCAACUACAAAUAGUGAUAAAACAGCUGAACAGAAAACUGUACAUAAAGAAUCAAUAUCUCCAACGAAAACAAUAAAUAAUCCAUUAAAUAUACUUAGUAAUGUUAAAUGUGCUGAUGAGAAAACUAUGGAAAUGUUACAAACAAAUACAACAUGUUCAAACAUUACAGGUAAUAAACAAUCUAUAUCUGCAAAGAAAACCACAAGUAAUCCUUUAAAUAUUGUUGGUGAUAUCAUAGAGAGGCCAGUUAAGCCUACAGAUCCUAUUCUUGCGAAUAUACCUUCUGAAACCAAUAAAACAGAAAUAAAAACUAAUAAAAACAAUAACAAACCACCACAGAAAAAACAAAUAUCAAUUGCAGCCAUAAAAAUUGAAGUAGAGAAAUGUUUAGCAGAAUGGUUCACCAUUGACACAUUGCUCUUUUUAUUUGGUCAAGAAAAAGUCAAAGAAAUGGUUGCAGACAAAGGUGAAUGCAUUCAAGAGUAUUUAAACAACUAUUCCAAACACAUUGAGUGCAGUUCCAAUACAUACGACCAAUAUCAAGCUUUAUGUCGGAAGUUAAAUAUGUUGGAAAUAGAAGAGAGGCGAUUCGAUUCGCAAACAUCAGCCAGGGAGUCCAAACCUUUGCCAGAUUACAACAUACUUAAAGAGGAGAGUAAGAAAAUGCAUCUAAAAGUGAAGGCGUUUUUCACUGGAGAAACUGAGAUUCCCACACCAAAUGAGAUUACCGAUGUUACAUUGUCAAAUGAUGAUGAAAACAAAACCCAGUUACCAUUGGUAGAUAAAAAUGCACAGAAUACAUUGAGAAGAAGAAUAGUUUGCAAACAUUUGAACAAAGUUUUGCCAGACUUACUCAGAUCUUUGGGUUUAUUAUCAUUAACAAAAAGUUCUGAUAUACGAUUACUAGUUAAUACAUUUAAAUUGAAAGCUAAUAAUAUUAUGUUUAAGCCAAUACAGUGGACUUUGAUAGCUAUGGUAUUUAUUCAAUUACUCGCUCUAAGAGAUGGCAGAUUAAAGUAUUUGUUAGAACAGCCAAUGGCUUUCCAACAUAUGCAGCUGUUGCUACUAAGUUACAAGCUUGAGGGGGGUUACUUGGAAAGGUUAAUCUCAUGGCUCACAGAUAUAGAUAGAUUAUUGGAUGUUAAUGAUACUCAAUUAACUAUUGAAUGAAUGAAUAAAUAACAUACACAAUUUGUUAAAUUUAUUGAGUAAUGUGAAUGCAACAUAAUAUUUAUGUUAUGAAAUUUACUUAAUGAUUCAUGAUGUUGUUUCAUUAUCUCAUUAGAUGAUGCAAUGUAGAGUACAUCUCUGUUACAUAAGUUGGUGUAUUCCAGUGUAGCACAAACUUAAUUAACAGAUUUCUAGUGCUCUUCAUUGCAUCACUACUAAACAUUUACAAUAUGUAAAUGUAAAUACACUAAACCUUCAUAUCGAAGUUGUAGUGCUCUACCUUGCAUUAUCAAAAAGGGCAAACUUAAACAUCAACCCAUUUUUUUGAUAGUUUUCUAAUGUCUCCUAAAUGUCUCCGUGAACAUAGUUGCAGCAUGCGUUUAGGGUUCAAACUACACUUGUUGCAGGUUCAGGCUUAUUAAAGCUGCUAUUGGCUUGUUUGAAAUAAAGCAAGAUGAUUAUUUUAAUUGUUUUAAAUAUUAAAAAAAAAAAAUAUCUUGUAAUUUUAAGUUUCCUAAAUGAUUCUGACUGUCAACUCAUUUAUAAAGAAACAGAUGUCCGUUUGAACCAAUAACUAAAACUAUUAAAAAUUACCCAAAUGCA